AUGUCUGUCGAUAAUUCAAUUACUGGUUCUCAUAUAGGACAGCAUUUUGACUUUAAUAAACGAAGUAAUUCAUAUCAAACUGAAUCAAUUCUGCUGGAAGGUGCAGAGAAUGUAGCAGCAAGGUUUGAAAAUGAUCGGAAUCAUAUUCUUCGUAGUCGUCCAUGGAAAAGACUUAAGGGUAUUUAUCAGUUUGCAAUAAAUUACAGUGAUCCACGGCUUACAAAUCGUGAAACACAUUCUAUAAAAGUAAAAGAUACGGCCGAAGAAAUAGCAAGGAGAUUAAGAUUGGGCAGAGAAAGUCAACUAUUAGCAGGUAAUAUCGGAUUAGUUCAUGAUAUUGGUCAUCCUCCAUUCGCACAUUGGGGCCAAUUGGCAAUAAAAAAAGCUUUGCAACCUUACGGUUUAAACUGGAAUCAUGAUACGGCCGGUGUAAGAUUAAUGACCGACUGGGCAGAAAAUGGAAACGAAAGUCAAAAUUUGUCUCCGACUUUUAUUGAAGGUAUUAUCAAAAGAUUCUGGCGUUAUGAUCAAAGAAAGCCAUGUAAUUUUUAUAAUCAUGAUAUGGAAGAAAUUCCCGAUAUAGUAAAAAAUAUUGAUAGAGCAUAUAAUGGUGUGAUGAAAUUCGACAGUUUUAAUCACAUAGAAGGCCAAAUAGCUGCUCAAUCUGAUCGUUUGUCUUUCAAUGUGACUGACCUUGAAGAUGGAUUUCGCAUAGGACGUUUUAAAUCACAAAUGAUAAAGAACAACUUUCCAUUUGCUUGGGAUAUUUUGGAUAGAACAGUUGAUGAAUUUAUAGCUGAAUGUACAAUCACCGUUUCAUAUGAUGGAAAUACAAAUUUACUUAAAACUAAUAUCUACAAAGAUAAUGAUAUAAUGGGAUUCAUCUAUCAGAGAUUUGCUGUAUCUUUUCGCGAAGCUUUAAUGCAAGAUCUACUGAAUAAUACAAUAGCGAAUCUUCAAAAAGCUAUUGAUUCCAAUUUGAUUCAUCAUGCUGAAGAUAUUCGAAAUCUUGAUAGUGUAUCUGUCGAAUUCUCUUCAACACUCAAUGAAGAAUUCAAGAAAUAUGCUCGUUUUUGUCGUGAAAAUAUUUUUACUAUGACAGCUCCAUUUGAACAUUUCGUUGCUGCAAUGAUUAAUAAUUAUGCAAGCGGCAAAGUUCAACUUCCACAAAUAUGGCAGAAAGUAUUCAACGACGCUCAGACGACUGGUGAAAAGAUAAAUAUCAUUGCAAAAUAUCUCACAUGUGAAAUAACUGAUUGCGAUGUAAUAAAUCAUGUGCUUGAAUAUUCUCCUGACGUUUAUCGUGAGUAUUUCCCAUCAUAUGAAUCAGUACAAGAUACUAAUAUAACGUUGGAUGCAGCUUUAAAACGAACUAGUGAAUUAAAUCGACAACUUUUCAAAGAAGAGAGUGGCAUACCGAUCAUAUUUGCCGACGAUCUCGAUUUCAGUAAUGAUAAAUCAAUUCCAGUCAUUUCUGUAGCAAAGAAAUUCAUUCUAAGUGUACCAGAAGUGGGCGAAACCGUACAAAUUACGAGAAAUGGAAAGUAUAAAUCGGGUGAAGAAUUUCAUCAAGGUGAUCCUAUAAAAUGUGGAAAUGAUAUUAUUAGUGGUACUGGUAUCGCUGUUUAUAAUAGUGUCAAUGAUCAAUGGGUAGCAGCUAUUUCAGGACUUCAAGGUGUUGAUCGUAAUGUCAUAAUUAUAAACGAAGUACUUCAAGAAGAAGCCAUACAACUACAAGCAAAAUUUGAUGGAUAUGGUGAUCCGGAAAAGAUUACAAUGUUACAACUUAAAGAAAUUCUUGCUUAUGCAGAAAGCUUAGGGCUUACUAAUCGUUAUCCUUCAAAUGUUGCUUUUAUAAAUGUAAUGAUGGAGAAUGUUCAAGGAUAUGAAAACAAAUCUGGAUGUAUAUACGGGUGGAAACAACGGAAAGGAACGCAUAUUUGUCGAGCUAUUUAUCUCGAGGGUGCUGGAGAAUUGUGCCACCCAUUUGGAGAAUCAGAAAAAUUCUAUGAUGGUGCUUUAUUUGUCAAACAUUCUACUGGAAAGAUACACGUUCUAGCUAACGACGUGGCUUUUCGCACAUAUCACCAUAUAAAUAACAGUUUAAUCAAAAAAGAAGAUAUUCCGUUACAAAAACCGUACCGGGUAGAAAAAUUUCAAACAAAACAUGAAUUUAAAAGAGGUAUUAACUCUACACAUAUAGUCAUCGUUGGUGCAGGUGUAAGCGGAAUUAUGUCGGCCACGUAUCUAAUUCAUGAAUUUCUUGAUGCCAAUCCUAUCGAUCAUACACUAGAAAUAAGUAUUAUUGAUUCUAUCAGCAAUCCUGGUGGAUGUACAUAUAAUCGACCGACAUCAACAAAGUCUUCUAUGGCAAAUUCAAUAGGAAUUCUAGGGAUACAAUCACCAACGGCUUGUAUUGAACAUAUCAAUCAAGAUCCAGAAAAAUGGAAGAAUAUAUUUCGUGAUGUGACUUAUGCCAAUGGGAAAGGUUUUGAUCCAAAUGCUAGUGUUUCACAUAUCCAGUUUGGUGAAUAUAUUCGAGAUCAUCUAGCAGCAGUCAUAAAAUAUCUCGAGUCAAGCAAAGCUCCGGUAAAAACUCAAUUUAUUCGUGACAGAGCAAUUAAAACUACGAACGAUACAGCUGCUAAUAAAAUUGUAAUUACUUUAGGAAGUGGAAAGACAAUUUCCACUGAUGCUGUUAUAUAUGCGUUAGGAAAUGCCAAUCCAAAACCACUUAUAGAUGCAUAUGGUAAAGAACUAAGCGGUAGAAGUGGUUAUUAUAACCUUGAUGAUCAUGCCUUCACUCGAGAAAAUGUAAAUGAAACAGAUUUUACUGUAAUCAUCGGUACAGGCAAUGGUGCAUGUUUUUCCUCUCUUUGGGCUAUAGAUAAUGGUUAUAAUGGAAAAUUUCUACUGGUAUCAAGAGAUGGUAAUGUUCCACAUGUAGCUGAUCAAUCCAAGCCAUACAUCAGAAGUAUAUGUACAAUUGAAAAGAUUGAAGAAGAAAUAAAGGAAAUAACUAAUAUAACGGCUGAUUAUUUAAAUGAGCUAUUCAAGAAGGAGAUGAAAAUUGCCCGUACAGCUGGAGCGGAUUGGCGUGAUGUAGUAGAUUCAAUGAUCUGUGACACGAAUAAACUGUGGAGAGCAAUGAACGAGGUUGAACAGAAAACUUUCACACAAAAAUACGGAGCAUUAUGGGGUAAUGCCAGAUAUAGAAUACCCAAUGAACAAUGGGAACGGGUGAACAAAUUACGAAGCGAAGGAAGACUUGAAAUUAUUGGCGGACUGCACAAUAUUGAAAUUACUACAGAUACCGGUUUCAAGUUGACUAUCAAAAAUCAGGAUGGAUCUUUUAGAACUGUACAUACAAAAAAACUUGUUAAUAAUACUGGUCCAUCAAAAUAUUUGGAACAAAUGCCGGUGUGUGCUAAAGAACUUAUUACUAGUGGUUUGGCAAGAAUGCACCAUAGAGGAGGAUUCGAUGUUGAUAAUGACUUUAGACUCAUUAAUGCUAAAGGUGAACCAUCGUUACGACUUUAUGCAUUAGGCCCAAUUGUAAGUGGUGCACAUUAUGAAUCAAUAACAAUUCCAGCUAUUCGCUCCAAUGCCAGUAUAAUGGCGAAGUCAUUGAUUCAACAUCAUGUUACUGUAAAACGUAGUGGGCUACAUUUCAGUGGUUAUAAUCAUAGACCUUAUGAUUAUUCGACGAUGACUCCGGACCAGCUCUCUGAUGUAUUUAAGAAAACACGCUUUGCUCUCAGCCUUACAAAUAUCUAUCCACGUCAUUAUACUACGGAAGAGAAAGCUAAAUUAUAUACUAUUGAAUUUGCAAAAAAAUCGUUAGCAUCUGGUAAAAUUAGUGCUCCACCAGAUAAAACAGUACUAUGGUCUGGUGGUUAUAUUCCUUCGCAUCCUCUUGGUUAUGGAUUAGGCAGAAUUAUUGCUGAACGUUGGCUAGUAGAAAAGAAUUAUACAUGUGAAGAACUUUAUCAUACAGUAGCCAUGACUGAAGCAGGAUUACCAGUUCUAAAUCCAAUGUGGGAUGAUAUGAGUAUUCCUUACAGCAUCAAAAAAGAAGUUACACCUACGUAUAUUUUGGGUUUUGCUGCAUGUGCUACUGGUGAAAUUAGUCUCAAUGUCGAUGAUACAGACAUAGAUUCAUUCUUUCGUGAAAAUGAAUUACAAAUUGUAAUGGAGAAUCCAAACAUUACUUCCGUCAGAGUAAUAAGAGUGAACCGUGCAACAGACAAAUUGCAAGAAACUUUAUAUAUGGAUCGACAUAAAUGGUAUAAUGCUCAGAAAGAUCAAUGGGUGAAUUCUAUAGUGACAAGAUACCAACUAGCCCGUAGCAGUUGUAAAACAAAUAAUUCAAACCAUCUCUUAUAUGAACGUAUGUCGAUGUCGCUGAUCGAUGAACUGUACGAUAGUUAUAGAAAUAUGACUGAUGGUAACCAACUUAUUCAAGGAUUUUAUAGAGCAAUUGGCAUGGAAUAUGGAGAUAUGAGUCAGAAACACGAUAAAGCAUUGGACAUAUUGCGAUUGGAGAAAUUUGCUCCUCUAAUUGAAAUUAAUCCUGAACUAUUAAACCAUGAAAAAGUGAAUGAUGAACAUUCUAGAAUGGUUCUGAAAAGUUUCUAUGCAAUCUGUUAG